GACAGCAUUCAAGCAGAGAAUAUAAACCUAGAACCGAGAGGAGAAACUACAUCCGCAUUAACAUGAUUGCAAAGAUUUGUGUCAUCCUCCUUCUGUUUGUUGCCACUGGCAACGCACAGACCACUGCAGCAACAACCACAGCUGCAGCAACAACUGCAGCAGCAGCAACAACUAUGGCUGCAGCAACAACCACAGCCGCGCCAACAACCACAGCUGCAGCAACAACCGCAGCAGCAGCAACAACUACGGCUGCAGCAACAACUACUGCUGCACCAACAACCACGGCCGCACCAACAACCACAGCUGCAGCAACAACCACCACGGCCGCACCAACAACCACAGCUGCAGCAACAACUGCGGCCACCGCAACAACAACUACUGCUGCACCAACAACCAUGGCUGCAGCACCAACUGCAGCUGCCACAACAACCAAGGCUGCAUCAACUGUGGCUGCAACAACCACGGCUGCAGCACCAACCACAUUGGCAGCAGCAACCACAGCUGCAGCAACAACUGCAGCUGCCACAACAACCAAGGCUGCAUCAACUGUGGCUGCAGCAACCACGGCUGCAGCACCAACCACAGUGGCAGCAGCAACCACAGCUGCAGCAACAACUGCAGCUGCUGCAACAACCAUGGCUGCAGCACCAACCACAAUGGCAGCAACCACAAUGGCAGCAACCACAGCGGCAGCAGCAACCACGGCGGCAGCAGCAGCAACUACAGUGGCAACCACUGUCUCCUCCUCCUCCCUCAUCAACCAAAUCAGUCUCAUUUCAGUUGUUGUGGCUGUGAUGACACAUGUGCUUCGCUCAUGUUGUUGAAGGUGCUAAGAGCAGUUCUUAUCCUGUGAAUGAAGUCAUAAAAAUUGAAAGAUUUGUUUGAAGUUUUUAGAUGCUGUAAAUAAGC